AUGAAGCGGGCGAUGAAGAAGAUCAACAAGGGAGAACCCCUGCAGGAGACACUUGAAGUUUUCCUUGCAACAUACCGUUCCACACCAAGCAGAACUACCGAUCAGAAAUCACCUAGUGAGUUGAUGUUUGGUAGACGGAUGCGAACAACGCUGGAUUUGCUUCGACCAACACAAAUUGCGGAAACUGUGAAUGUUAACAGCCAGCAACGACACUUUAGCAACGGCGAUUUGGUCUACGUGCAGGUGCAUGCGAAACGACUGGUACUGGGAACCGGUCAUGUCAACCAGAUUCGUCCACGAUACAACAGUGCAAACACGGAAGCGGAGUUGCUCAACAAACAUUUACCGCUGAGCGUUUUGCUAGAAGAGGUCGGUAUAAAACAACAACCGACUGAACCAUCACCAGAAGCAGUAAAUGAGCGUGCACAAGAACAGCUGAACCCAGAUCCUGGUCCGGAUCGACCGUCAGUGGCAAGUGCGGCACCAACGAGAAGUCGCAUUCCAACGUCAACAGCUACGUAUACUUCCAGAGGACGAGAAGUUCGCUUGCCGGCUCGGUUCAAUCACUAUGUAUAA